CUUGAAUCAUUUUUCAGUUGGUCGUCAGCAUCAGGUUUGCAAUGUCCUCAAACAUUACGCUUUACUACUCAGCCGUGGAAGAUAUGUUCAAGGAACUGCUAACAAUAGAGGUGGAACAGUUGGAUACCAAGAAUGUGGAAAAGUCCGAUUCUGAGCCGUUGGUCAACACACCGAGGCGUUGUGUUCCGAGACGUCAGCAUAAUCUGUUUGCCAAGGACUCGACAAGUUUUGUGAUUUGUCGCCGCUCACCGAAGAUCGAAUCAUGCUUUGAGCUUGGGACGGGGUCGGAGCUGUCGUCUAGCAGACGUCGCGAACUCCAAGCCAACCAAGUCCUUCGUUUGCGCAUUGAGAGAACCGAAAAGGAGCUGAAACCACAGCGACGGCUAUCCAUACGGAUUUAAGUGUCGUCCAACGUACUUCUCAUCUGAUCGCAGUGCUUCCGUGUUAGUUUAAAUAUUACUCAUAAGGUUUUCCAGAUAAAUAUAUGCUUCAGUUACUGGAUUCAUUAAAAUUAAAUAACAUUUAGAUGA